CCCCCGGGCCCAAAACCCCCAACAUACUGCACCCACCCCCUGUCGACUGUCAAAAAUCCCCUACCCCCGAACCCUCCGAAUAUGACAGAAUUCCUCAAGAACACGUAACUCCAACUCUUCCCCUUGAAAUAGUUGGUCACCCAGUGGUUAACGUGUUCCGUGCCCACACGGUAAAUCCAAUCCCAAGUGUUAGAUAAAAUAGUAUACACGUUAUACAUAUCCCCAACCUUCCAUCAUAUACCAAGUGAUCGAAAACUUGAUCUAAGAUCUAACUUGGGAGCUUGAUGAUUUUGUAAUCCCCGUGAUCCAUUAUGAAUCCUUGGAAUUCCAUUGUCACUUGAUGUUCGUUUAUUCGUAUCAAAAUCAAAAUUCAAUAAAUCAAAAUGAUCAUGGGCUAACGGGGUGGGAAAUAUCAGUGGUGAGACUGGACUUAAAUAAUUCAGUACUUAGUUUAGUGAUUGUUGAUGGUGAACAAGUGCACGAGAGACAGAGACCCGUGUCCACAUCAUCCUGAGCUGAAUCUCAUCAGAUCGAGGUAUCGGAACCCCCCGCAGCGCCUGCGUGACCCAAGAAAAUGAGGAAAUUCCGAGAAAGCAGCCGAAAACCCUAGAAAUCCUCGCCAAUAUCAUCAAUACCAAAAAUUAGGAUGACUUUCCCCUCGCCGAAGGCAGCUUCAUAACCCUUAAACCCUGCACGAAACCCUACAACUGACUCGCGCAAUUAAAAUGUCUUCGACAUUCGGCAAAAGCACCUCAGCCCAGGUCCUAAUGAGCAAGGGUAAGCGUGGCGCAGCAGCUUACAUCCAGGCAGAAUGCAGAAACCGUUCCCAGAAGCAGUUGGACGACCUCCUGGACAUCCUCCUGACCCCGGGGAAGCCGAUAGACGACUGGGAGACGAUCGACUGGUGCAAGUGGCUGAUGGCGGGCGGACGAACCCCAGACGAAUUCUCGACAACAGUGAUAGAGUACGACAAUGCCACGACCUGCGGCCUCGUCUGGACCCCAAACUUCGUGGCCUACCGUUGCCGAACCUGCGGUAUCUCGCCCUGCAUGGCCCUCUGCACCGACUGUUUCAAACGCGGCAACCACUACCGCCACGACUUCAACAUGUUCCUGAGCCAGGCUGGAGGUGCCUGCGACUGUGGUGACACAAACGUCAUGAAGGAGUCUGGCUUCUGCGACAAGCACGGUCCCAACGCAGCUGUCAACAAGCCCCCAGCCCCCUCAGACCUCAUGUUCGUGGCUGAAGCGAUGAUGCCCAGGAUGAUCCUCAGACUGAUCCAACACUUACGAGAGAACUGCAAGGCUGGUGCUGACUACAGAAAUGCCAUCCAAAGUGCUGACGCCUACCUCAAGAUGCUGCUCGACCUCAACGACAUGGGUGCCCUGAUGAGAAGAGUCAUGACAUCAGCCCUGACGAAUCCCCAGAAGUACCGAGGCCUGAUGGACCCAGGGAGAACGUCAUCCUCAUCGUCCUCGUCGUCAUCGUCCUCCUCGUCCUCUUCAGCAGCAUCUGGAGGGCAAUCAGAGUACGACGCCUACUGCCAGGAGAGCCACGUCAUCUACCAGGACGCGAUAAAGUCCCUGCCGAAUCCGGAACCCCCUGACGAGUACAAGGACUGCCCCUCCCUCCAGGAGGACCUGGUGCACACGACUUUCUUGGAAGAGCUCAUGUUCUGGACGGUUGCCUACGAAUUCCCCCAGAAACUGGUCUGCCUUCUGCUCAGCAUGCUGCCAGACCCUGAUUACAAAGAGUCGUUGACACGAGCCUUCGUCCUCCAUUACAGCAGAAUAGCCAUGAUGUUGGAGAGAUCGACAGACCCUGAGACCCUGAGUAACUCAGUUGUCCACGUGUCUGUCCAGCUAUUCAGCAACAAUGGACUCGCUGUUCGAAUGGUCGAUGAACUCAAGCUCCUUCACGUCAUGGUGAUCAGUCUCAAGUACAUGAUGAGCAGGAUUCUGGUGGAGAACACUCUGCACGCUGCCAACAAGAACUUCCACUACGUGGUUGACUGCGCACGUCAGGUGAUGAAGGAGCACUGCUACUGGCCCCUGGUCUCAGAUUUGAACAACGUACUGUCUCACAAGCCAGUGGCCGUUAGAUUCCUCACAGAUGACACGCUACUAGAAAUGUGGUUCGACUUUCUCUCAAUGUUCCAAGGGAUGAAUGUCAACCAACGAGAAAUGGGUGCUCACGUGGAGUUUGAACCCACGACGUACUAUGCAGCGUUCAGCGCAGAGUUGGAAGCCAGCGCCUACCCCAUGUGGGCGCUGGUGUCCCAUCUGAAAGGUCCGGAGAGUGCGUCAGUGAGCAGAAGGGCCUUGUCCUUCUGCCUGACAGCCCUGCAGGACUGGCUGGACGCCAUCGGCUUCACCAGCCCCGACGUCUGCGACGUUCUCCACGUGUCCUUCCAUAUCCCCCUCCAUCGGUAUCUCGCAGUGUUCAUGUGUCAAGCUGUUCGACAACAGGGGAUCACCCUCCAGGAGCUCCUCCCUCCCACCGACAUGCUUCACCUCCUGAUGAUGCAUCCUCUGAGGAUUCAAGUCGCCCUGUACGAGAUUCUCAAUGGCUUGUGGGUGCGGAAUGGACUUCAGAUCAAGGGACAAGCCAUGACUUACAUCCAGUGCAAUUUCUGUAAUUCUAUGGUCGACGCUGAUCUCUACCUUCUGCAGAUCUGCGCGACCAAGCUGCAGCCUGAUGUCCUCAUCAAUGCUGUCAUCGAUAAGUUCCACGUGAAGGAGUGGCUGAGCCUUCGGUCCAUGAGGUCUCGGCAGAAUGUCCUGCUGAUCGGCGAACACGACACAGCCAUGAUGGAGAGCUGUCUCAUAUUCCUAGCCACUUUGAUAAACGUCAGAACUAAUCUCGGGCUGACUGACUCUCAGGUGUCUCACCUGGAGAUGGUGACCCUCCUCUGCAUGGGGGACAAGACCCACAGCCAGUUGAUAGAGCUCAUGCCAGAGAGGUGUGGCACCACUCCCAACAGAGACUUCGAGGCAGUUCUUGCUGAAGUCGCCCAGUACAGGGCACCCAAUCUAGAGGGGAAUGGGAUAAUGCAGCAGGGGAUGUACGGACCCAAGUCUCGAGUCUGGGACGAGAUGUACGAUCCCCUGCACGUUCUCCUCCGUGCGGUCCACCGGAGGGACUAUCAGGUCUCGAUGGACAGGUUCACGGAGUACGUCACCUCGAAAAACUCCGGGAACCCAGUCAAGAAGAACAACAGCGCGACCCUGUGGCCGCCAUUCCGGUAUCCAGCUCCAGUCUCCCAGGACUACGACGAUCCCAGGAUCGUCCUGAGGACCAGGAUAUUCCACGCCAUGAUCUACUCCGUUCUCUACAAAGCCGUUAACGACCCCAACAUCUCUGAGCACAUGAUGGCGCUGGCUGUCUACCUUUUGGAAAUGGCUGUUGUGACGUCUGAGGUGCCCAGCAACCAGGUCAAUCCCAUCUGUCCGUACACCGGGUACUCGGGAUCAGCCAGUGUCUCGUGUUCACUCAAGGACAUGGACUUUGGCAGCUGGUACGAGACUGACAGCCUCAUCCAGAAUCUUCAGACGUUCAUACCCAGGACGAGCCUCGUAGAGAGCACCUCUGACUUCAUGAACACCGAGGGGGGAUCUGACUGGGAGAUAGCCUCUGACAUAACCGAGGGCUCGUUGAUGCUCAAUGACGAGUUUGAGGUUGAGAUUGGGGAGCCUGCGGAGGUGUGGGACUUGGAGCUGCUUGGCGAGCUGACGGGGGAGGGGGCGAGGGGUAGACCAGCAGGAGCUGGGGGCGCUGAUUACAGCGAGCACAGGAAUAUUCAGCAGAUCAUGGCGCCGAUGGAGACUGCUGCUCUGCCAGCCCUGCUGCCAUCGAACAAUUGGGAUCUGUCGAUCGUUCCCAAUGAACGGUAUCAGAUCCGCGAGGAGGGCGAUGGGCAGGAGGGGGGCAAUCAGAAUUCAAGGGAGAACCUGCCAAUUCCGAUUCGCCAGAGGGCACUGCCACGACCCCCAGCCUCGUUGAUGCAAUCGAUAUCCUCGGGGCUGGAUGCAGGGGCUGUUGUGCCCAUGAACACGACGCAGAGACCUUUGAUGGCCACUGCGGGAGGGAAUAACGAGGUCGAUCUGCUUCACGUGAUCUUCCCGAGGCUUGGGGCCUCUAGGAUCAUGGUGCCCACGACGAAUACCAGCACUACGUCCUCUGGGAUAGGCUCUGCAGGAUCUAGUGUCAGGGAUAUUGUUCCGUCUACUAGUUCCUCUCAUUACCAACAGCAGUCGUAUCCCUCCUCGAGGGAGAUGCUGUCAAAGUCUGGGGAGAGCAUAAUUUCCCUGCUACUGAAGCUUCAUUCGCAGCUGUCUGGGACUCCCGACAGCUGGAACCCCGAUGAAUCAUCGAAUAGUGGGAUUCGGUCGAGUGAACCCUCGAGCUCGACGUCGACAGCCGAUUCCUUUGAAUCGAGAAUCGGUGAUGGUCCCUACUUCAUAGGACAACUGCUCCGAAAGAUCUCAAAUCUGGACGAAAGUCUGAAGCUGAAUAUCAAUGACACUAGGAACAAAUUGUGGCCGAGGACGAAGGAGUGUGAGGAUGCCCAGCGUGAAGUUGAGCAUCGGGAUCGCGAGGAGAGGAGGAAGAAGGCGAAGGAGAGACAGCAGAAGCUGAUGGCGGAAUUCGCCAAUAAGCAGAAGCAAUUCAUGAAGAAGGCGAUGGAGACUGAGGACGCAUCCACCUCGGGGAUGGACUGGGACCAGUCGGAUCCUUCGUCAACGACCAAUGUCACCAGCAAGAAGGAGUACGACUGUGUUAUCUGUAAUCAAACGACACCUAGUACUGAGGAGAAGCCGAUGGGUCUGGUUGUCCUGGUGCAAUCGACCAGUGUUGUCGGUCACGAGAGACAGCAGUCAGAGAGAGUCCCCCUGCCCACAUCUGAUGAAGAGCCUCGAGUGCCGAAGGACAACACCAGGGCAGCUCACUUUGACUAUCGUCUCGACGAGAUGCAUCGCCACUUCGACACGUCUUCUUGGUUGUUGUCCUUCAACAUCGGAUGGGAGGGAGGGGUGCACGUGCAGACGUGCGGCCACCACCUCCACCUGGACUGCCUGAACCCCUACCGACAGUCCCUGCGAAACCAACCGAGACAGCAGAGUCUAGCUGUCAACAGAGGGGAAUACCUCUGCCCCCUCUGUCGUCAGCUCGCUAACUCUGUGCUGCCCAUGUCUCCACAGCUGGGCGAGUCCUGCCUGGUAGUCAAGUCGAGACACCCCUCCCCAACGACAGUCCUGGAGGACAUCAAUAACUUCCUGAUGGAGUCCCAACGAAACCCAGUUCCCUCGAACCUUUCUGAAGCGAUGGGAAAGGCCAUGGAGGAGAUAUCAGCUGCGACUUACUUGAAGUACAAGCAGAAGAACAGUGACCAUCAGUAUCGUCACCAGAGCCUCUUCCUGUUCAUCACCUCAGUGGCUCGAACCAACUUCGAAGUGGAGCUUGUGCAGCACGGGGGGAGGCUGUACCCCUCCCCUCAGUCGACUAAUCUGUCACUAGCCCCCAAACGUGACUGCAUAGUGGCUCUUCUCCACGUUCUGACGGUCCACGCAAGGCUGCUCAUCCACUGGCCUGUCCACGACACCUGGCAACAGCUCAGUGGACUGUCCCCUGACAACCCUUCCCCCCUGGCCCUAGCCCCCCACGAGAGGGAGGUCCCUCUCCUGCUGAAGGACCCGACAGCCCUGUUAAUUCAGUUCAUCCUUCUUCUCCCUCUUCACAUCGACCAGACGUACUUCGCUGUUGUCGUCAAAGUCAUAUAUAAUCUGCUGUAUUACCAAGUCGUCCUGCAAGUCAGCUGUAGUUUAUCGCCCAGUGUGAGGGAGGCUUUUCUGACGGAGAUGAGGUCUGGUGUUUGCGACAGAAGACUCUCUUCUGAUAACGUCAUCAGGAGUGUGAUAGAGCAUUUCAGCUCGAGGGACUUCUACCAGGAUGACGUCGCCUCCAGACCAAUUCGUGGGGAUCAUGAGGCGCUCAUCCAAACCCUGUGUCUCCCCUUCCUCAGGGUGGCUGCUCUCCUGAGACAUCAUCUCUACUCGCAGCCCCUGCCUCAGGAGCAGACCAGAAAGCCUCAGAGCGAGUUCUUCAGGCUCGUCAGCUACCUGCAAUUGGUGACUGAUAACUUUGAUGGGUCUGGCUUCAGUGCUGCUGCUGCCCUCAACUGGCAGGACGACGAGGCUGCGGUCAGAGUACCCAGACUCUGGUGCGAUCAGUUUUUAGAUUUUCACAGGAGGAGUCAGAUCGCGGCGAAGAGACUGAUUGUUAAUCAGUACGUUUCUUGGCAAGCGCCAAGGUUUCUCAGUCUUCCAAAGGAGUAUGAAAAAUUGUUUACUUAUUAUCAUGAGAAGGCGUGCUGCAAGUGUCACAAGGUGCCACCGGAGAUUAGUAUUUGUUUGCUGUGUGGGGCUAUUGUGUGCCUCAAGCAGAAUUGUUGCAAGCAGGAGAAUGUUGGGGAGGCCGUUCAGCACUCGAUCGAUUGCGGAGGGGGCACGGGAAUUUAUCUCGUCGUUACGUCGACUUAUAUUAUUGUUAUCAGGGGGCAGAGGGCCUGCUUGUGGGGCUCGCUUUACUUGGAUGAGUUCGGAGAGGAGGACAAGGAUCUCAAACGUGGAAAGCCUCUUUUCCUUAGCCAAGAGAGAUAUCAACUCCUCGAGCAACAGUGGCUGGCCCAUCGUUUCGAUCACACGAAGAAAACCUGGGUAUGGCAUCGUGAUGCGCUGUGACGACCGACGGGAUUCAGAAACCCCGACACCUUCCACACUCACGAGCGAUGAAAAAAAAAACGAAUUACUUAAAAAGCAUGUUGAAAAUAAAGAAACCAUCUCUCAUUAAUGAGAGACAAGAUGAGAAAUAAUAAAUUGUCAUUUCCACCUUAAGAAUAUAAUCCCCACUACGAGAUUAAUCAACUUGUCGCAUGUAUCAUAAAUAUAUUUAUUUAAAAUUGAGAUAUGAAAUAUAUAUAGAAUUAUUAAUUAUUUACGGAUUGAAAGUAUUAAUAAAAUGAGUGUUGAAAGGGUAAAACUACAAUAAUGAGAAUAAAUGAUGAAUUAUUUUUACUCAUUCGAUGUUUCAAGUAAAUCGAGGGGGACGUGAUAACGGGAGUGACGAUGGAUUUAAUAUUAUAUGUAUAUUCCGAUAUUAACAAUCAAUUUUCAUUUUUUUGUGAUUUCAUGCUUAUAAUUGACUGUCUCCUGAUGAUGGAGAGGAGAAUAAAAAAUUUAUUUGUAACUGAAAGAUUGUACCACUACGUCACAUUUAAUAUGAUUUAUUUGAUGGGCAAUUCAUCACAGGUGGAUCUGUAAAUAUGUAUCGAUAUUUUCAAGUCACGCGUACUGGGGAAACUCGAAAUCUUGAUAUUUUUACGAGAUAAUUUUCCUGCCUCCGCUUAGUAUGCGAUGAUUGGGGAAUGAGUGGAUUUAUGAAUACGUGAAAAUUUUUAGUUUAGCUAUGAAGAUUAAUAAAAAUAUGAUUAUGGUAA